UGUUGGACCAAAAACAUCGAGAAACGUGACGGCGACGUAAACAUAUUUAACAUCACUUUCCACAUUUAUUCAAAUAUCUUCAUCUUUAAUGAAAUAUAUGCUUACAAACGUACAGAGGGACUGAAUUCCAUUGUAACAAUGGACGAGCUGCAGAGGAGAAUGGUACAAGAAGACGCCGUCCACUACAAGCUAUUUAGGACCCGUCCUGCUGGUUCUACUGUAGACGAGCAUCCCUUCCCUCUCGUGGAGGAGAUUCUUGCAAAAGUGGCUCCUCUCUCAAUGCAAUACAUCUGGCAGAAUCAGCCGUUCAACCUCAAGUAUCAGCCAGAGGAAGGAGGUGUCCCGGCUCACAUCGGUGGCAGCACCCAGUUUGGGGACAAUGUGGAGGAUGAAUGGUUUAUUGUUUAUCUCUUGAAGCAAAUUACAAAGGCGUUUCCAGCGCUGGCUGCAAGUGUCGAGGACAAUGACGGGGAAUUUCUUCUUAUUGAAGUAGCUGACUAUCUCCCCAAGUGGAUAAAUCCAGAUACAAGCCAGAACAGGGUGUUCCUCUACCGGGGUGCAUUGUAUAUCCUGCCCUAUCCCUCGCGUUCCAGUCCGAUCGGCAUCCCAAAAGACGUGGUCCCCACUGUUCCACAAGCUCUGGCGCUGCUACUCAAGCAGCCGGAAGCCUGCCGGGCUAACAACACGAUUAGUUCGGCCCUGGAAAAGCGUCUAGAUGGAUAUCCAGAGAAGGUUGAAGCCAGUCUGCACCGUGCCCACUGCUUCAUCCCCGCAGGCGCGGCCGCCAUCUUAGCUCAGCGACCCGACCUGGUGGCGCCCGCCGUGUCUGCCUUCUACCUGCGGGACCCCGUGGACCUCCAGGCGUGUCGGAACUUCAGGAACUUCCCACCCGACGCCCGAGUCUUAACCUCGGUGACGUUGACUCGCUGCCUCUACGCUCAGCUACAGCAGCAGCACUUCAUCCCAGACCGGAGGAGCGGCUUCACCUUGCCCGCGCGCUCUAACCCUCAGUACAAAGCACACGAGCUUGGCAUGAAGUUGGCUCACGGCUUCGAGAUCCUGUGCUCAAAGUGCCAGCUCCCGUCCCCUGAAGGUACCGACUCCGUCAGUUGUAACCCUCAGUGGAAAGGAUUCAUGCAGAGUCUGAAGAGGAACGGUUACUUCCGGGGGGAGAUGGAGGGGUCGGCCCGCUACAAAGAUCUGAUGAAGUCAGCAGAAAACUUCUUCAGGCAGUCGGUCGCCUCAAAGUCCAGUGACAUGUCUCCAGGAGAGGAGCUCCUGCAGCUGCUGCGCACCUGUCCCAUCAACAUGGAUGAGCUGAGGAGACAGGAGUCACAGCUCCCCCAGGAGGACAGCGACAGCUGGCUGGAUGUCACCGCCCAGGACCUGGAGCGCAUGCUGGAGGAAAGGGGCGGAGCCAGAGCGGACGCCGGCGCCGCUGAUCGGGCUCAGCCUGUCGCGGAGACGAAGGGCGGCGAGGAGAAGGAAGAGGAGGCGGCGGAUUACAGCCUGGUCGCAGUCAGCCAGAGGAUGAAGAGCUUCCUCAACGCCGUGUCGUCACACGAGGGCGCAGAGCUGCCGUGGUCCAGUUCGUCCCAGCCAUUCAGAUUUGACCCAGACUCACUGACCAGUGCACUGGACCAACUCUUGGGAAGCAAAGACCAAGAAGAGCUAGAUUCAGAUGACCUUGAUGAUGAGGAUGAUGAUGAUGAUGAGGAGGAUGAGGAGGAUGAUGAAGAGGAGGAGAAAGAAGUGGGGCCCCCAGGUCCCGCAGAGAUGAAUGGGAUGGAAGCUUUGGACACGCUCCGAGACUACAUGGACCAGAUGGACCAGGAACUGAUGAGCACACAUAUAGGACAAAGCUUUAGUCAGACGAAUCUCAACAAGACCACGUCGGACGAAACCUCCGCCCAGGCCCCGCCCAAGAACACGGAGGAGAUCCAGCCUCUGGACGUGGACCUCAACCUGGUCACCAACCUGCUGGAGUCCCUCAGCUGCCAGGCCGGGCUGGCCGGGCCCGCCUCCAACCUGCUGCAGAGUCUGGGACUACACCUGCCUCCUAACUCUGACCACUCGUAAUGGACUCCAGGUAAGAGAAUAAGUGGACUUCCCCAAAUCAAGCAAUACUUCACCUUUGUCGGCCAAGCACUAAUGGUGUUUUAUUGUGAAAGACUCAUGAAGGGAAACAAAGUUGACAAGCACGUGGGUGACUUUCAAAACAAAACUCCUGUAGUAAUUCAUGUACACUCAGUAACUUUUAAUAAUAUGCUGUGUUAGAAAUCAUUUGACAGUAACAAUAAAUAGUUUUGCAAUAAAA